AUGAGCAAACACACUGAGGUUUUCUCUUCGGAGAAAGUCUCCUCUAUGGAUAAAGACGACCUGGUUGACACCCAGGUUGCUGAGGUGACCACUUCGCUCCUCGACUUUGUCGCUCUUCAGCUGGAGAUUCCUCCCUCUGAGAACGACGGCACGUAUCCUCUUGAAGUCCACUUCAUGGCUGAGAAGCUGGAGGAGACUACUCUAGAGGAGGCUAUCAAGAUUGUCAAGACCAACUUUGCCUACCACGACCACGACAACAACUUCAGAGACGAAUACAGAAUCGAGGUUAGAGAGCUCCUUAAAGUCUUUGACGGCAAAGACGACUACGAAAAGGCUGAUCCUGAUGAUGUUCUCAUGAUGAGGUACUGGGGAACCGUCUUCAACUGGUGGAGUCCUUACCCCGAGGUUCGAGCUGUUACUGAUCCCUACAAUGAUGAAGAUUGUACCACUGAGACCUGGAGAGUGUGGGUUUUGGGUACCGUAUGGGUGGCAAUUGCGGCCUUUGUCAACCAGUUUUUCAGUGUGCGUAUGCCUGCCAUCUCUUUGGGGGCUGGUGUCAUCCAACUGCUGCUGUAUCCUUGUGGUAAGGCUCUCCAGUAUGCUCUUCCUGACUGGGGCUUCCACUUCCGAGGGAAGAGAUACUCACUCAACCCAGGCAAAUGGAGUCAGAAGGAACAGCUCCUCACCACCAUCAUGGUUUCUUGUGCCUCUGGAACUCCCUAUAUUACUUCAAACAUCAUUGUUCAGUACCUCCCUCAAUUCUACAACCAAACCUGGGCCUCAAGCUUUGGAUACCAGUUUGUUUUUAUGCUGGUGACCCAAAUGCUAGGUUUUGGUCUGGCUGGUAUUCUCAAGCGUGUGGCCGUCUACCCUGUCAAGGCAAUGUGGCCCUCUCUACUCCCCACCCUGGCGGUCAACAAGGCUCUUCUGGCUCCCAACCGAAAGGAAAACAUCAACGGCUGGCUCAUUUCCCGUUACACCUUUUUCAUGAUUGUCUUUAUCGGCUCUUUCGUCUACUUCUGGAUCCCCAACUACCUCAUGAACUUCUUGCAGACAUUUAACUGGAUGACCUGGAUUGCUCCUGAGAACGCCGACCUGGCCAUUGUCACAGGCUCCGUCGGAGGACUUGGAUUUAACCCCAUUCCCACCUUUGACUGGAACCAGGCCACGGCUUCUCUUGCUCCCAUCACUCUGCCUCUCUAUGUGUCUUCUAUUGGUUUCGCUGGCACCUUCUUCUCCGGUCUCGUCAUCCUCGCUCUCUACUACACCAACAACUCGUGGACGGGAUACAUCCCCAUUAACUCCAACCGACUGUUUGACAACAUGGGCAAGAAGUACAACGUAUCCAAGAUUCUCACCAAUUACCGAUUCGACGACAAGAAGUACCAUGACUACUCCACGCCCUACUACUCCGCUGGUAACCUCAUGUUGUACUCGGCCUUCUUUGCCGUCUACCCCCUGUCGUUUGUCUACACUUGUCUAAUGGACUGGAGAGCCAUGUGGGAUGCCCUCAAGGACACGGGAAAGGCUCUCAGAUACGUGCAUCGAUCCUCCUACCACGGAAGAGAGGACCCCUUCUCUCGAUACAUGAAGAACUACCCCGAGGUCCCCGACUGGUGGUUCUACGUGGUUAUGGUGAUUAUGUUUGCACUAUCUAUUGUUCUCGUCAAAGCUUGGCCCGUUGACACUCCUGUGUGGACUCUGGUGUUUGUGCUUGGACUUGUGUUCGUUUUCAUUAUCCCCUUCACCGUCUUUGCUGCCUACACUGCCUCCUCCUUGUCACUGAAUGUGAUUUCCGAGCUCAUUAUUGGAUACGCGCUUCCUGGACGAUUCAUGGCUCUCAACCUGAUCAAGGCUCUUUCAGUCACCAUUGCCUCUCAGGCCCAGAACUAUACCACCGACCAGAAGCUGACCCAUUAUGCCCAUCUGCCUCCCCGAUCUAUCUUCUGGCUCCAGCUGUGGGCUACUCUGGUCAACGGUCUGGUCUGCCUUGGUGUUAUCCAGUUCCAGCUCAACCUAGACGGUAUCUGUGAUGCUGAUAACAAGCAGAAGUUCACCUGCCCCGGAGAAACCACUUUCUUCACUGCCUCCGUCGCCUGGGGAGUCAUCGGCCCCAAGAAGAUGUUCGACAAGUACCCCGUGAUGAAGUGGAUGUUCCUGUUUGGAGCGCUGGCCGGCGUCUUUUUUUGGUUUGUCCAGGUCAUCCUUCCCCAGAUCCUUGUCAAGUACUUCCCUAACAAGGCCCAAACCAUUGACUACUACCGACGAAAGAUUCUGUACUUCAACCCCAUCAUCUUUGUGGUCGGCUGUCUUGGCUGGGCUCCUUACAACCUCACCUACCAGGUCGGAGGCAUGUACCUUGCUGUGCUUUUCAAUGGCUACAUCAAGAGUCGAUACCUGGCCUGGUGGAGAAAGUAUGCCUACGUCAUGGAGGCAGCUAUUGUCACCGGUAUUGCGCUGGCCGGCAUCAUCAUCUUCUUUGCAGUCCAGUACCAUCCCAAGGACAUUGAUUGGUGGGGCAACACCGUCAUAUACGAUGGCGUUGACGGCAGUGGUAUCCCUCCCAGACUUGAGAUCCCCGAGAAGGGAUUUUUUGGCCCUCCUAGCUCCGAAUGGUAG